AUGAGUGAACCAGAGGAUAGCACGAGGAAAAAAGGCAGAACGAAGGUCUCGGCAGCGUCCGCAGGCAGUCGUGGGGACGCAACCACCAUCAAAAAGUCAACUGGCACAAGAUCGUCCACAUCUUCGUCCACUCCUUCCACAGCUCCUUCCACUUCUUCUUCUUCCACGUCUUCAGACAAUUCGAGACGUGGAUCCAAGCGAUCAAAUGAAGAUCCUGCACAAGAGGGGUCUCAGCCGAAGAAUCAACUGAACCUGCUCGCGUCCGUCUCGAUGGGAAGGAAGGUGAAUGGUGCAGAGCAAGGUGGAAGCGAUUCUGGAGUCUCCGAUGAGCAAGACUCUCAAGACAUACCCAAGAGAACACUACAUCAAGAAAGAGAAUCAACUCUGUCAGGCCAAAAGCAGCUUCAGCAGAUACCGAAUGUUGCGGCAGCGCCACCGGAAAAUCAGAUGGCUCGGCGAACCUCAGAUGAAAAAGACACUCAAGACGUACCCAAUGAACCACAACACCAAGACAGAGAAGCUGCUCAGUCGUCAAGUCAACAGCCGCUUCAGCAGACGACGCCAAAUGUUGCGGGGUUACCGCCAGAAGUGGAACAGAUGGCUCACCGAAUCAUACUUGAAGCGUUGCAGAUCAUCAUGAACCAGCCGUCCGAUUCGAGCCAACCACCACAUAUGAUGCUGAUUCGGCAGCUAGCUCAACAUCUUGCCAACGCAGGAAACACCAUAGUUCCGCCUCAACCUUUUGAGACACGUUUAUCUGGAAGGAGCGCGGCUGAGAUGUACUUGGCCCAACUGUCCCGAAAUGGUAACUAUCAGAACUCAGCAGUUGCAUUAAACUCCAUACAGCAACUUCAGCAACUGAUGAUGCAGCAACAGUAUCCUGGUAGCACUUCCAAUCCUCCGUCAUACAAUCCAUUUGCAAAUGUUGCAGCACUCCUCCAACAACAGAAUCAGCUCCAACUACAGAAUCAGUUAUCAUCACUCCUGGCAAUGAGCCAGUACACAAAUCCAGGACUACUAUCAGCAGCAGCAGCAGCUCAAGACCCGAGACCUGCCUCGAACAUUUCAAUAGCAGCAGCUGCUCAAAACCUGGUGAAUCCAUUAGCUGCCAUGUUGAAUCAUCCUGGUGUUGCUGCUGAUGGUACCACUGCAACGAGUGCUACUACAAGUACUACUGGUAGUGUGCUACCCGCAUCCGCAGCAUCAGCAUCCGCCGUGGCAGGAGAAAGCCAGCAGCAGCAGCAGCGGCGCGAUCGAAUCAAUUUCAUCUUUGAACCUACCGGUCGCCCAUCACUCCCUUUGGCGACUGACUCUGAUGAAGCCAACUUGGCACCGUAUCAGUGUCUUUUGCGACAACAGAUUGAACUCUUUGAAACCAGAGAAGAUGACAUUUACCUCAAGGCCCAAGGUCGGAACACUCCGAUUCGGGUAGGUCAGGUCGGCAUCCGAUGUCGCCAUUGUGCGGCCAUGGGCCGGUCGAAGCGUGUCGAAGGGAGUGCCGUUCUAUACUCCAAGUCUCUGAAUGGGAUAUAUCAGGUGGCCCUGAAUAUGGGCCGACUGCACUUUUUGAACAAUAGUUGCCCCAUGAUCCCCGAAUCUACCAAGAAAAAGUUGAAUGAAUUGAAAGAACUACCGCGCAAGGUAGCACGGGGAAGACAGUAUUGGAAGGAAAACUUGGAAGCACAGGGUGUGCUGGAAGAACAAGAAUAUCUUCGAUUCAAACCACUUUGA